AUGGCUCCUAACAAAGGCUCUGCUAAGGGUCCCUCCGUUGGAGGCGCAAAGGGCUCCAAGCCUUCGCUCUCAUCUGCUUCGCGCGUCAGCAAAUCCAGCAAGAAAGAUGGUCCCAAGCGUCCCCCGCCCAAGGAACAGAAGUCCAAGCCUCGGACUGCCCAAGAGAACCUGAAGAAAAAGAAGAAGAGAGUGUACACCGAGAAGGAGCUGGAUCUGCCCGAGCUGAACCAAAUCACACCCGUCGGCGUUGUCAAGCCCAAGGGCAAGAAGAAGGGCAAGACCUUUGUCGAUGAUCAGGAGGGUAUGAUGACGAUCCUUGCGAUGGUGAACGCAGAGAAGGAAGGCCAGAUCGAGUCCAAGAUGAUGAAGGCUCGUCAAUUAGAAGAGAUUCGGGAGGCUAAGAAGGCCGAGGCCGAGGCCCGCAUGAAGGAGAGAAAGAACAAGCUCGAGGGUGUUAAGGACACUAUCCGCAAGGAUAACAAAAAGGGCAAGGGUGGUAACAAGCCCGAGACUACGAUUAAGGAUAAGGUCUUUAAGCCCAAGGCGAAGAAGAGCGUUGCAUUUGCUUGA